AUGGCUCUUUGUCCGGUUCUGUGUUUCGAAUCUGGUUGGAGACCUUCCUCGUACAUAAAUCAGAAUUCCACCCCACAGAUCCCGUAUUUUGUGUCUGGUGGGGGAAUGGCUGGUGGAAUUGAGGGUUUCAUCCAAUUUCGCAGUCCAGUUUUCACUGUUGGAGCAUCACAUAAUACUUUUGUGAAAGUUACGACCUCUCUCAACUGUCUCUGUACUAAACCCAUCUACAACGUUCUUAUUACCCACAAACCACAUGAAAGUGAAUCCUUUCGUGUGCAUAGAGAGGCUUUUAUCGCAUCACUCGAUAGGUGGAUGCAUCAGCGUGUUCGUUUUCAUGGUCUCGAUCGAGCUACACUAUUUAGUGGUCAGCUCAAUGAGGCCACGGUUUGGCGCUACGUACCGGAAAGGAGUACAUUGCAAAUCGUUUUGACCGGUUCCAAUCUUGUCCCCUCCACUACGCAUAUCUGCCCAAACUGGCCAACAAAUCUGCUGCCGUGUAUCGAUUUGAAUGUUACAGGCUCCUACCGACACUUUUGUGCGGUUGAGUGUUACGGUUGCGGCAAUAAUGCUGGCCGAGAAGCUUUCCUUAACACACACUCUUUCUCCUCCUCUCCACUAUCACCUGGCCUUCGGAUACGUGUCUUCGGUUUGUGGAUUUUUGGGAGUUGCUACCUUCAGCCCGGGAUUUUUACUUCCUGGCGAAGUGAAAGUGGUUCUUUAACUACUUUUCCCUCUUCCCCUCUUCAUCUUGAUGUUACUUCGCCUGCUGAUAGUGCUUUGCGUCUCGCUUUGAUGAAGAUUUUUACGCCGCCCUUAGAUGCGAUGGACAGUGAUUGUCAAGAAAAGGCCUCUCUUUGGGCUGAGUCUGCUUUCAAUGCCCUUUUUGAUAAUGUGAAGCGAAUCGAGACCCCACCUGCUAUUCGUUUUGCUGACAAAUUCAUCCGUCCGCACGAACACGCGCCUUCACCACACUUAGGCCAUCGCCUUUUAACCACAGGCGAUCUCAACGACGUCAGCUCUGCGUUCCAAUCAGCUGGAGAGCCGAUUAAUUUGAGCGGUAGAACCUUUCAGUUUUUUGAGCCACGCGUAACACCCCAGGAGACCAUUUUGAUUGGUCGAUUAGGCAUGGAGGCAGUUACUGGAGCACUGACGAUCGGCCCGGUUUUUAUCUCAAAACAGUCGGCAAGUGUUCCCCUGCUACUCUUGUCUCCUUCUAUGACUGAUUUGGGGAUGCGGAGCCUGUUCAACGAGGUGGUACUGAUUAGACGACCCCGCUUAGUCGUCGCAGCCAUGAGUAGUGAGACAUCGACUGUUGUUCGCGCUUUUGGGCGUUGCCUGGCCACACUUCCACGUCUCUGUGUGAUUUGUGAUGCUGCUCUGAAAAGCGUAUCUGUGGACACUGUCAGCGCAAGAGAUCCACCUUCGCUGCAUUUGGCUGAGGUUGUGGCAGAACCCAUUCUUCUGCGCUACGUGUCCUCUCCUACAAAUCCUCCUACUUCCUUCACCAUACGAUAUGAGAGCGCCCGUGGUCACAAUGGAAACAGCAAUGGGCGGUCCUCGUCCAGUCUUCACCACCUCGAGCUCCACAGCUCUGCAGCACUAUGGGCGUUCGCGAGCGGUCUCUUCAAUAUCGGCCACCGCAUUCACCUCUGCUGUGCUUGUGAUGGUGGCAGUGGUCCGCGGGUGGUGUCGGAGCCCAAAGACGCUCCAUGGAGUAGCGCUUGUCAUCAUCUCGUUGGGCUCUAUCACUGGCGCAUUCUCAGUGUGAAAGAGGUGCUGGAUCUUCUCAAGGUUGGUACUAUUCGCAAUAGAGAGCAGCAGAAAAGGUGGAUCUCCAUUCAGGGUUACGUUCUUCGCCACGAGUUUUGCGCCCCAAACGGCGGUGACCGUCAGAGCAUCAGACUCUGGCUCAUUGAUCGCCAUUCCAUUGACCCCUGUGCUUCCUCGCCCCUCUGCAUCGACUUCUUCGUUCCGAAUUCUACCGACACCCGUGCGACUGCCGAUCUCUUCCGUCUGCCGUGUCUCACCCAUAUUUGUCUCUUCAAGGUGCGCCUUCGGGGCAGACGAUUGUUCCUGCCUCUCUCCCCCAACCGUUUGCAGGUCUCCCCGAAUGGUCUUUACUCCUACUUCUCGACGGAUAUCUCUCGCUGCUUCUGUUCUUGCUUCCCGGGGAGCGUAAAUAACCCUGUCUGUAGUGUUUGCACGAUGCAUGAGAGUAUGCGAACGACGACCGAGGUUAUUCCAUCUGCAUUGGUACCUCUAACGCCGAUGAAUUUGUUGUAUGAAGCUAAAGGGAGAAAGACGUGUCUGGUACACAUAAUUCGCUGCUUGAAGUUCAGUGUUUUUCGACUGGAGGGCUCUGUGAACGUUCAGCUCAAAAUCCUCGUUACCGAUGGAUCAGCGACCGGUGUAGUUUGUUACAAUUUCGACUAUACUUCUCAGGCAUCCUGUUAUCCGAGAACCGCUGCAACACCAUCCCUGCAGUGGUUGGUCGCAUUGCUUGGUCUUGAAGAGCCACUCACGCUCCAGGUGUUGACACAUUUAUCGACGGUGUCAGAAGACGCGGAGGAUCCGGUGCGAGUUGGCCUCGGCGUGUGGUUUGAUUCACCGGGCUUCCUGAGACCAAUAUCUCUAACCUUAGAAAAGGACAUUACGAACGAAGUGAAUUCUUACUGGCGUUUGAACACCGUGUUUAUCGGCAGAGAGUGGAAGCAGGGGUCUUCUAAUUCGCCUGAUUUGUGUGAUUUGCCUCUCGUAGCUGUCGAUGCACGUAUUGGGAGUUACAAAGGCGGUGUCUCUUCAUUUACCAUUAAAAACCACUGCAAGGUUUGCCGGAGUCGUGGACUUCCGGCGGCAAACAAUGAAUGGGGUCCCCUAACUGAUUUACCAGACUAUUCAUUCUUGGAUGGUAGAACUCCUAGAAUAACAACUGUUGGGCAGAGAAGAAGGAUUCUCGACCAGUAUGCUACGGUGAAGCAAAUAAUCACUCUCUCUGCUGAGUUAAACGACUCCAACAAGAAAUUGAAGGAGCAUCAAGAUUCAAUAGAUGAAUUGCGCGCAAAACUUACUGGACAACUACUAAAAGCAAAGGGAUCGCAGAAGAUAGUCUGA